AUGAGUGAAGUGGCUGCUUCCACCUCACCCCCUGUACGUCCGGCAGCUGCUGAAGAGGCUGCAGGUGGGAACCCCAAUGGGGAAGAAGAUGGGGUACCCAACCCUAGGGAGGUGCGGUGUAGUGACUGCAUUGUAUGGAACAGGCAGCAGACCUGGUUGUGUGUAGUCCCUCUGCUAAUUGGAUUCAUUGGUUUGGGUCUAAGUUUGAUGCUUUUAAAAUGGAUCGUAGUGGGAUCUGUAAAGGAUUAUGUUCCAACUGAUUUAAUUGAUUCCAAGGGCAUUGGCCAGGACCCAAUUUUCCUUUCCAAACCGAGCUCUUUUCCAAAAAGUAUGGAGACCACAACUACUACAACCACGACAAGGACCCCCAAUCAAAUUAGUACCCGUUUGACUACAACGACCCGGGCACCAACUCGUCUCCCAGGGAGCAGAAUACCUAACCGGGCGAGCCCCAGAACCACCACCGUGCGCCACACAGUCGCCCCUCCUACAGUGAUCUCUACCACUGUGCCCCUUAUCACGACCACUUUUAUUUCACGCCCACUUCCAGGGACCCCCACCACACAGCCAAUGCCCAUCUGGCCCACUGCGGUAUAUUCUACCUCUUCCUACAAAAAUUAUCUUCAUGAUUCUACCCCAUCCUCCCGUUUUCAGGAGUCUACCACCACAUCAGAAACUACCACUUUACCCAAAUAUCACACCACUACAUAUUUCACAGAACGAUCGGAGCACUUUAAGCCAUGCAAAGAUAAGGAUCUUGCAUACUGCCUAAAUGAUGGGGAAUGCUUUGUGAUUGAAACACUAACAGGAUCUCAUAAACAUUGCCGGUGCAAAGAGGGCUAUCAAGGUGUGCGCUGUGACCAGUUCUUGCCGAAAACAGAUUCCAUAUUAUCAGAUCCAACAGAUCACUUAGGAAUUGAAUUUAUGGAAAGUGAAGCGGUAUACCAGCAGCAAGUUUUGUCUAUUUCAUGCAUUGUCUUUGGAUUGGUUCUUGCCGGUGUGAUUUGUGCUGUAUUCUACUGCAGAACAAAAAGGCAAACAGAAAAACUUCAGGAGCAACUUAAAGAGUCACAGACUGGAAAAAACUACAGCCUUCAAGCUUCCAAAUUAUUAGCAAAAGCAAAAAAUAUUGGAGAAAACAGAGUCCAGCUACACAUCUAUUCAAAAUCAGAGAGCAAUCCAGAACCUGUCAGAGAGAAAAUCAUGGAGUCAAGUUUUUCAGAAACCCAGCCCUUCCCAGACACACUGCCGCCAGACAGAGGGAAUCACUCAGCAAAACAUCAUAGAAAUCUUUCAUCAUGCUGCAGUCCCAGUCAAAGGAGUCGGAUGCUGCACAGAAAUGCCUUUCGAAGGACUCCCCCUCUUCCCCGGGGACGUCUUAGUGGAAUCACAGGACCAGCAUAUCAGCAGUUGGAAGAGCCUGGUCUGAUAGAUCAGGAACCAAUGCCUUGCCAAGGCUUUUCCAGCAGUGGCAUGCGUACUGAUUUAAAUCAUCCACAAAAUAUGCAAAUGCAUUCAAAAGAAACACAAUCUUAUUUUAAUAAAAUUGAACAAAAGGACUCAAUCGGCUACUCAACUUGUACAGCAAGUUCGAUACCCAUAAUACCCUCUCUGGGCCUGGAUGAGACUUACAUGCAAAAGCAGAAUGUUUCUGAAAUAGCAGAUGUGAAAUGGUGUAAAAACUCCUAUUCAAAUGAACUAGUCAAGGUGAAUGUUUCACCUAGCAACUGUCUUAUAGCAGAACAACAGGAAGUGAAAAUUUUGCUUGAAACUGUACAGGAACAAAUACGAAUUUUGACUGAUGCAAGACGAAAGUCAGAGGACUUGGAAAUGGUAAUUGUAGAAACUGAAGACAGUGCAAGCGAAAAUACUGCUUUCCUACCGCUGAGCCCGAAAGCAAAAACUGAACUUGAGGCGCACUUUGUCUUAAGAAAUGAAAGGGACUCAGCGCUUCACGUGUGACUUUUGAAAUGAACUUUUCUGUCUAAUACCUAGAAAAACAGAAAUUGGGGGGAAAAAGGAAAAAAAUAAACUAUUGACAGUUAAAAAAACAACAACUAUUUAUAUGCAUCAAUUUAAGAGCAUCUACAUAGAAAAAAACCCAACCAAAUAGUUUAUCGCCCUCAUAUCAUAGUGUUUUCUAAACAAAAUUAUUUUUUUAACGGAAAGAUAUGGUCUAAGGAUAGAAAAAAAAAGCAUAUGGUGAAUGCUUUGAUGUGUUUAGAUAUAUUCUAUAUUUCUUUAACCCCUUGGCUGCUGGAUAAUACUUUGUAUGCAUUCAAUUAAAUGCUUUAAAACUUUGUCUAACAGUCAAGAGGUUUGGUAAAACUUUGGGUUCACAACCUUUCCAC